UGUACUCAGUGAUAUUUUUGGGAUAAUUCCUUUCUUUCUUCAUUCUGAACGACCAAAAACAUGUCAUUUUUGGUUGAGCCUGUUGUCUCCGAACUCUUUAAUGGAUUGUUUGAGAUAUUGGGGUUGAAGGAUGUGCGAGACUUUGCACGGCAACUCGUUGGAGGAGUAGAUUCAGAGCUAGAAAAUCUGAAAACUAAGUUGGAGAUGAUUCAACAAGUGCUAUAUGAUGCAGAAGCAAAGCAACUGUCAGAAAGGGCUGUGAAAAGGUGGCUUGACGAUCUUCAAGACUGGGCUUAUGAUGCAGUAGACAUACUGGAUCAGUUUGCCUACGAAGCUCUGCGACGCAAACUGAAGCCAAAACACCAGGCGAGAUCUAGCAACGUAUCCAGCUACCUCCCUGCUUCUCUCACUAGUCCCUUGUUCGGUGUCCGCAUGGGAUCACAAAUCAAAGACAUCAGCAGCAGCUUAGAAAAACUCAGAAACCAAAGAAUUCAACUUGGAUUGCAAGUAACUUUGGGAGGGACAUCAAGUACUCCUACUGCACACAAAAGACCAGAUCUAAGUUCAAGUGUGCAACCUGAAAAAUUUGUGUAUGGCAGAGAUGAAGAUGAAGCCAAACUAGUUGAUAUGGUGAAAACCCAUCAACAAACUGGUGCCAACUUUCGAGUGAUAUCCAUUGUGGGAAUGGGAGGGAUCGGCAAAACAACCAUUGCCCGGAAAAUAUACAAUCACUUACAAGAGAUGGAAGAUUUGAAGUUUGAGAAAAAAGCUUGGGUCUGCGUUUCUGAUAACUUUGAUGUUCUCACAAUCUCAAAGGCACUUCUUCAGUCCAUAGACUCCACGUCUUUUAUUCCCAAUAAUUUAAAUGAAGUGCAAAUUAAACUGCGUGAGACAGUUACUCAGAAAAGGUUCUUACUGGUCUUAGACGAUGUAUGGAAUGAUAUAUACGCUGAAUGGGAAAUCCUCAUGUCUCCCUUCAUGAAUGGUGCAGCAGGAAGCACAGCAAUUGUCACCACACGCCUUGAAAAUGUUGCAUCUGCAAUAAGAUCCCAUUUUACUCAUCGUUUAAAGCCUGUAUCUAAUGACCACUGUUGGCAGUUGUUUCAAGAGCAUGCAUUUGAAAAUGGAACAGCAGGUGAUGCUCAAAGAAUUACAGAUUCGAUUCGUAAAAGAGUUAUUGAAAGGUGCAGAGGCUUACCUUUGGCAGCAAAGACUCUUGGUAGUCUUCUAAGAUCUCAACGGAUUGAUGCCUGGCAAAAUAUAUUAAACAGCAAAGUAUGGAAUACCUCUACUGAAAGUGAUGUUCUCCCAGCAUUAAGGCUAAGUUAUCACCAUCUUCCUUGCCAUCUGAAAAGAUGUUUUGGGUAUUGCGGACUUUUUCCUAAAGACUAUGAAUUCGAGAAGAAGGAACUUGCAUUUUUAUGGAUGGCAGAAUGCAUUGCUCAACCAUCUUAUAAGCAGCUGGACAUGGCACUGGCAGGUCGGUACUUUGAUGAUUUAUGUUCAAGCUCAUUUUUUGAGAAAUCAAGUGACAAUUGUCGUAAAUAUGUGAUGCAUGACCUUAUCCAUGAUCUAGCUCAAUCCGUUUUCAAAGAAAUCGGUUUCAGAUCUGAGCAGGCCAUUGUGAAGCUACCAGAAAAAUUUGAAAGGCUUCGACAUUUUGCUUAUAUUCCUUAUGAAUAUGAUAGUAGAAAUAAAUUUAUAGAAUUAGAAAAAGUAAAAGGGCUACGAACAUUUUUGCCGGUAUUCAUGAGGCCUAAUUAUGCACGGUCUAGUGACUGCUACAUAACUGCAAUGGUUGUUUUUGACUUGUUGCCCAAGUUCAAAAAAUUGAGAGUAUUAUCUUUAGAAAGAUACUAUAUUACUCAUUUACAUGAUUCAAUUGGAGGUUUAAUACAUCUAAGGUAUCUUAACUUUUCUUACACGAUGAUUAGAAGUUUGCCCGAGUCAACAAGUUCAUUAUACAACUUGCAGACUUUGUUAUUAAAAGAUUGUUAUUGUCUCAUGGAGUUACCUUCUAAUUUGAGAUAUUUGACCAAUCUAUGUCAUUUUGAUAUAAGUGGUCAAAAUUUAUUGAAGGAGAUGUCGUAUGGAAUGAAAGAGUUGAAAAAUCUUCAAAUAUUGACUAAUUUUAUUGUGGGCAAGGGCAUGGAUUCCAAUUUGAAUGAUUUGAUGUAUUUAAGUAUUCUUCGAGAGCUUCACAUUACAGUAUUAGAAAAUGUGACUGAUCCAAAACAAAUAAGAGGGCAAAUACUAAGCAAUAAGAACCAUUUAAAAGUGUUGUUGCUAGAAUGGGGAGAUCAAGUACUUAAUGACUCAAGGAAACAUGAUGUAGAAAUGCAUACACUUGAGAAGUUAAGGCCUCCAAGCAAUUUAGAAGAACUCACAAUCAAAGGCUACGGUGGUGAAAAUUUCCCAUCCUGGUUUGGAGAUUCUCAAUCACUCUCUAAUGUGGUAGUCCUACGAUUAGAAAACUGUAACAAAUGCACAUCCUUGCCUUCCCUUGAAAUGUUGAGCACACUUGAAGACUUGACCAUCAAAGACAUGAAAAGUUUGAGAAGAAUUUGUUUCACAAUGCCUUUGAAGUCAUUAAAGGUUCUUCGUUUUGAGAAUUUGCAAGAAUGGGAGAACUGGGACACUUGGAAGGGAAAUGAAGAUGUUAAAGGACUCGCUCAGCUUCUCAAGCUUUCCAUUAUAAAAUGUCCCCAACUUAGGAGAAACUUUCCUAACCAUCUUCCUUCAUUGAUGAAAUUGGUUAUUAGGGAGUGUGCAAAGUUGGUGGUUUCAUUAUCAAGUUUGCCAAUGUUUUGCAAAUUAGAGUUUGAUGGCUGCCAUGGACAAGUGCGCAAUAACAAUAUGAUUGAUUUUAAGUCGCUGAAUUCUUGGAGUCUUUCAAAUAUUCAUGAGAUUGAAGUUAAAUUAAAACAAGGAUCCCAGAGAGUAGAGUAUUUGGAUAUUGUUGAAUGCCCAGAGAUCAUAGAUUCAUGGCAAAGUUUGGCUUAUGUUGAGAAGCCGCUACAAGGUUUGCAUGGACUCACCUUCCUCAGUAAGCUAUCUAUAGAAAAUUGUACAAGAGAUCUUGUUUUUCUUGAAAACACCAAUUUUCUUCCAAAUCUAAGUUCUCUUGAGAUUAGAAAAUGCCAGGCUCUAAAAUCAUUAGCAGAAGGGUUGAAGCAGAAGAAUUUGGAAAGAUUGGUAAUUACAGAAUGUGACUCUCUAACAUUCAUUGAAAGUGGUACUCUACCUUCUUCUUUAAGAAGGCUUGAGGUAAGAUUUUGUAAGAAAUUGGAAUUUUUGAAGGAUUUAGGCAGUUCCUUUGUUGAGUACUUGUCCAUUCAUUCAUGCAAUUUUCUCAUAUGCACAUCUUCAGAAAGUCAAUUACCUGAGACACUCAAGGAACUUGAAAUUUCUGGCUGCCAUAAGCUCAAAACAUUGUCAUCUAGGAGUUUGUACUUGCCUAAGGCACUUUCUUCACUCUCUAUUCAAUUCUGUUCAGGGCUAAAAUCCAUCGUUGAAUCUUUCGAUAAUAGCAAGAGUCUCCGAAAAAUUAAUUUAAGGUACUGUGAAAACCUUGAAUCCUUACCUUCAGGUCUACACUAUAUUCCCUGUCUGGAGAAUAUUUGGCUGCAUGGAUGUCCAAAAUUGUUGGUUGGAGAAGAAGUUCCCACAAGCCUAAUAGAACUCAGCCUUGUUGGAGAUAUGAAAUUUGAGAAGCCAAUGAUAGAGUGGGAUUUGCAGAACCUUAGAAGAGUUUAUAUUUAUCAAUGUGAAGAUGCUGUGUCAAUUUUACAAGAGGACAAGGGGAUGUUGAUGCUUUCCUCUCUAAUUUCUCUAUCCAUUGGGGAUUGCCUCAAAUUGGAACAUCUAUCUUCCCUGAUCUUUCAAAGCCUCAUCUCUCUUGAAGAUUUCACAAUCUAUAAUGUCCCAGAGCUGAAAUCUCUUCCAGAUUUGUGCAGCCUCACCUCUCUUACAAAAUUCACCUUUGAGAGAUGCCCAAGGCUAGAAUCUAUUCACAAUCUCAGUAGCCUCACCUCUCUUAGAUGCUUGUUCAUUUCAGAAUGCCCAAAGAUCCAAUCCAUUCCAGCCCUAUGCAGUGUUGAAGAUUUGGCAAUCUCAAAAUGCCCAAAUCUCAAGUCCCUGAAAAGGUUGCCAUCCUCACUUGUGUCCUUACGUAUUGGAGAUUGUCCAUUGCUUAAAAAGCAGUGGAAAAGGAGUCAGAGAAAAUAUUGGUCAAAAAUUGCUCAUGUUCCGAAGGUUAAAAUAGAUUACAAAUUCAUCUUCAAUUCAAAGGAGGCAGAAAGUGCUUAAUCAUCUCAUUUCAUUCGAGAUCUUUUGCCUGGUAUGAAAUUCUGAGCUCUCAAGAUAAUUCUCACAGUGGAGGUUCAUUAGGGUACCUGUCAACUCAAUUCUAGUUGAAUUUAACACUUCAUGUAAACAUCACAAGAUCACUUCAUUUCUGCAGAAUCUGACCUUGAAAUUCAAUAGAUCAGGAUGUGUCCCUGGAUCAAUUCUUUCCCAGAGAAGGCUUGCUUGAGUGACAACAAAUUGGUGCAACCUUUGAGGAUAGAUGUUAGGAUCCUAAAUAUAAGAUUUGAGACUUCGAUCAUAUAUUAGAAAGUAUAGGCUUCUACCAUGGGAUUUAUAUGGCUUUUUGCUCUCCAAUCAACAGCUGGCUUUCAAGAUGUAGUUCUCCAAUAUUCAUAUCAAUAGAUUUCACAAAAUCUCCUGAGGAAACUAGAUGAGUUGCUCCAAACCAUGAACAAAGAAGCUUUAUCUUUUCCAGGAAGUAUCAUUUCAGAUGGAGAGCUGUUGCUUGAUAUCUCCUAGUUAUUGCUACCCUCACAGCAAGAAAUGAUUCAGUUUGUCUUCCGGAAGCUCCAUUAAUCCUGCUUCAGAAUCAUAAAAUUUAACAAGCAACAUGAUUCCUUGUCAGUAGAUCUUCAAGGACCCAGCUCUGCUAAUUUUGCUUCUACAUGGUGUAUCUAUCGCAAGACUUUGAUGACAGUCUUUUUCUCAGUGUUGAUUGAUUAAACUUUUGAUCAUAGUUUUAACAAUCAGAUCGACCGGUUGGUUCUAAUGGAUUGCCAGUAGCCAGUUCAGUCCACAAGUAAAAUAAAUAUUUUGUUUGUUUUUGCAAUGGUCAUUGUAUGGCUUGGGAUUUUUCUAUUUAAACUGUAUUUUAGAUAUUUUGGAUAUUACACAUAGUGUUAUUAUUUGAUAACAUAA